AUGACCAUUCUACUCGACUAUUCACUGAAUUACAAACAAAAGGCGACAGUGAAGACUGAACCAUCUGCAGUAGAAAAGCGACCCCACAAACCUCAACGCCCCUCACCACCAGUUAAGAAGUCCAAAUCGGGCAGCGCCAGUCCCACCGAGUUCUCUCCAAGCAGCUUCGGAGGAGGUUCCGACUUCAUCCACCCGGACGAUAUUCUACACCACUCUAAUGGCAAGGUGUACAUCAAGGUCAAGUGCAGACUGUGCAACUACAAGUCGGCCUGGGACUCGGAGAUGGCCAAACAUGAGAGAAAGGUGCACAACAUCGACAGAGAGAACCACAAGUCGGUGAUAAAGAAACCGCCUAGGCCUAUUCCUAAUCUUAUACCCAUACCGACUACUGUCGUUAAGCAGAAUCAGAAGACGGAACCGCCCGAGUACCCUAUACUUAAAACCGUCGAGAUACCUGAACCCAGUGAACCCACCAUGAGCCAGAAGGACAUCAACGACAUCUGCGCUAAGUCCACAAACAGCGUUUUGAAAGACUUCGCGUCGCUUUUCGGCUCCGAAGACGUCUUCAAUACGUUCGCGCCUCCCAGAGUACCUGAUCUCAUCCCAUACCCCGCCGGCAUGCAGUCGUCUAAGGGCAAACUGACAGAUGUGUUCAAGCAGAAGAACGCCUCGUUCUUUGAUAGCCUUAGAGAAAAACUGGAACUAGGCAGUAGUUGCAACUUGACCUGCGGCAACUGUGGCCACGAGAGCAAGUGCCUCACAGAGCACGCUAAGCACCAGAAAAGUUGUGGGAAAGAGGCUGGUAGGAGACCCAACGUGGUGCCAUUACAUAACAUUAGUUCUUCUAGAUGUCAGUUCUGUAGACAGAGGUGUAAGAGUAGUACAGAUUUGUAUAAUCACCUGCAGAUAUGCACUGAGGCGAUGAAGUCGCAGAAUUUGAUACCCAAGGAUGAGGAUGAUUCGGAGCAUGAGUUGAAAAUUGAUGAAGAUAAUGAGCAGCUUAAUGAAGAACCUGAGAUAAAGCCGCACCCAAUGGAGAACAAAGUGUUCGUAUGGAACGACAUAAUGGUACCGAUGGACAUCGAAGUGGAUGACUCAAUCUACGAGUACACCGAGGAUAAAGUUGACGACAACGUCUCAUUGGACCUGUCUACCAGGACCCAGUCGCCCAUGGACAGCGAGAGCAGCUUCGUCGGGCAGGAGGUCAGUCAGCCGGUCAGCGGGGUGAGGCACUCUCCUCUGCCCACCAAUGAGAAGAUCCCAACGCAUGGUAAUGAUAUUUCAGUGGCGCAGCACAAGAGGGUCUUCAAAUGUCCGCAUUGCACCUUCUGGGCAUCUACAGCCUCCAGGUUCCACGUGCACAUAGUAGGUCAUCUAAACAAGAAGCCAUUCGAAUGCUCCUUGUGCGCGUACCGAUCGAAUUGGCGAUGGGACAUCACGAAACACAUUAAACUGAAAUCAGUCCGAGAUCCUGCUCACGAAUCAGCUAAAGUGCUGAUGACGGAUGAAACAGGCCGAAGAAACUAUACCAAAUACAACAAGUACCUGACAGAGAUCCCUAUCAGUGGCUGCGGCACAAGGCCAAAACACCACCAACAGCACGACCGUUCCCCCUCCACCAGCGGCGGGCGAAUGGUUGACAUGACUAGGUUAGGACCACCCACCAUGGUGCCUGUGACCGCUGACAGCACCGCCUUCCUCGCGAACAUCACCGAGAAAAAGAGAGCUGGGGGUGGAGCGGCGAACAAGCAGACGCUCUUCAAAUGCAAGAAGUGCAAUUUCAACUAUUGA